AUGGCAUGUGACAAACCAUGGUUCGAUCACCUAGUGGAUCGUACUGGCGAUUGUUUCUGCUGGGGACUCGUUCUCGGGUCGGCUUAUGACAUGUUGAAAGGCAUGCGCAACUCCCUUAAAGGAGAGCGCCUCAUCUGGGGCUCGCAAGCUGUACGCAUGAGUGCAACCGGUGCUAGCUGCUGUGCCGCCUAUGGUGGUCUUUCUUCUGUCUUCAAGAGUUCUAUGAUAUAUGUAAGGCAGAAGGAUGAUCCAUGGAAUUCCAUCCUCCCUGAGGCCGCUGCCUCCGGAUUCCUCAAGAUAGCCAAGGCCUUGGCCCGGCUUCACGCACGGCUCUCAUUUUUGGCUUGGGAAUGGCACUAG